AUGUACGAGGACGGGAGGUUGUGCGCGGGACUCGCCCGCAGGGUGUGCGAGGGCAGGGGGUUGUGCAUGGGAUUUGCCUGCGAGGUGUGCGAGGAUGGGGGUUUGUGCACGGGAGAUGCCCGAGGGAUCUCGGGUUUGUGUGACCCUCCCUGCCCCUCCCCAGGCAAGACCUCCCUGGCUCACCAGUUUGUGGAAGGGAAGUUUCUGGACUGCUACGACCCCACGGUGGAGAGCACCUACAGCAAGAUGGUGGUGGUCGGCAAGGACGAAUUCCACCUGCAGCUGGUGGACACGGCCGGGCAGGACGAGUACACCAUCCUGCCCCACUCCUUCGUCAUCGGCAUCCACGGCUACGUGCUGGUGUACUCGGUGACAUCCCUGCGCAGCUUCCAGGUGGUGAAGACCCUCCACAACAAGUUGUACGAGAGCCGGGGGAAGACGAGGAUGCCUGUGGUGUUGGUGGGCAACAAGGCAGACCUAUCCCUGCAGAGCCGGGAGGUGAAGACGGACGAAGGCAGGAAGCUGGCAGAGUCCUGGGGAGCCAUUUUCCUUGAGUCCUCAGCCAAGGAGAGCCAGGGCACCCAGGGCAUCUUCACCAAGAUCAUCGAGGAGAUCGACCGCGUGGACAACUCCUAUAGCCGGGAGCACCGUUGCCGCCUCAUGUGA